ACCAGGGGAGGGACCUACAAAGUCCUUCCCCUCCCCAAGAAGGGAGAGAAUUUAGGAAGGAAGAGGGAAAGGACCCAAGGAACUUUUUCGCUCUCUCUCUCUCUCUCUCUCUCUCUCUCUCUCUCUCUCUCUCUCUCUCUAACUUUAUAUUUGAAUGAGGAUGAAGUUACAGGAGGGAAAGGGGCUGCUUCCUCAGUAAGUUGUCGAAGUGAAAUGAUGUCGGCAGAAGCUACGGAACCAGUUGACAUGGAGAUGGACGGAAUCCAACUAUCUGCUGAUCCUCUCCCAUUCGCCAGAAGUUACCAGCUAGAAGCAUUAGAGGCAGCAAUUAAGCAGAACACAAUAGUGUUCUUGGAGACUGGCUCUGGAAAGACUCUGAUUGCCAUCAUGCUUCUCCGGAGCUAUGCAUAUAUGCUUCGCAAGCCUUCUCCAUUCGUUGCCGUCUUCUUGGUUCCUCAAGUUGUCUUGGUCAAACAACAAGCUGAAGCCUUGAAAAUGCACACUGACUUGAAAGUGGGAAUGUAUUGGGGAGACAUGGGAGUUGACUUCUGGGAAGCUGAUAUGUGGAAGCAACAAAUAGAAAAAUAUGAGGUGCUCGUGAUGACUCCUGCAAUACUGCUUAGUAAUUUGAGGCAUAGCUUCUUCAAACUAAGCAUGAUAAAGGUUUUGAUUCUCGAUGAAUGCCAUCAUGCGAGGGGUAACCACCCGUAUGCUUGCAUAAUGAAGGACUUCUUUCAUCGUCAACUACAUUCUGAUGCAGCUGAACUUCCAAGAAUAUUUGGAAUGACUGCUUCCCCCAUAAAGUCAAAAGGUGGAAAGUCAGAGUCAUUCUAUUGGAAAAUAAUUGAUGAACUUGAGGCCCUGAUGAAUUCAAAGGUGUAUACAUGUGUUAGUGAAUCUGUGCUUGCUGAGUUUAUACCACAUUCGAUUCCAAAGUUUAAAUAUUACAGGCACAAGGAGAUUCCAUAUGCCUUGUAUGCACAUAUAACAAACCAGUUGAAGAAUUUGAAAGAAAAGCAUGAACUGUCGCUAAAAAGUUUGGAUCUCAGUCAAUCUACAUCGGAAUCCAUAAGCAGAAAGAUGAUGAAGUUUUUUUCAGCUUUAACUUUUUGUUUGGAUGAACUUGGUGUUUGGCUGGCUUCAAAGGCUGCUUGGUCCUUUUCACACAAAGAAACUGACUUGUUUUCAUGGGAGAAACUGGAUGUGUUGGGUGAUCAAAUUGUUAGAAAUUUUAGCUUUGAAGCCUACCAAGCAUUUGCAUCUUUUCUACCAUCUGAUCCAAAGUGGACUAUUGCUGAUGAUGUUACAUACGAUUUGGAUAAGGGCUUUCUAACUUCCAAAGUUGUCUGUCUCAUCCAAUUGCUUCUCGAAUACAGGGGAUUGAAGGAUUUGAGAUGUAUAAUAUUUGUGGAGAGGGUUAUAACAGCUGUCGUCAUUGAAUCUCUAUUGAGUAACUUUCUUCCUAAACACAAUGACUGGAAGACAAAAUAUAUUGCGGGAAAUAACAGUGGGAUGCAAUCCCAAACCAGAAAAAAGCAGAACGAGAUUGUUGAAGAAUUUCGUAAUGGCAUGGUAAACAUCAUUGUUGCAACAUCAAUUCUUGAAGAAGGUUUAGAUGUUCAAAGCUGCAAUUUGGUGAUUAGAUUUGAUCCUUCUUCCACUGUUUGUAGUUUCAUACAGUCUAGAGGUCGUGCAAGGAUGCAAAACUCUGAUUAUGUAUUAAUGGUGAAAAGUGGCGAUCGGAAUACACAUUCUCGACUACAAAAUUAUCUUGCAAGCGGAGAUAUAAUGAGAAAAGAGUCCUUACUCCAUUCUUCUCUUCCCUGCACAUCUCUGGAAAUCAAUUUGCAGGAUGAUGACUUUUAUCGUGUUGAAAGUACUGGAGCAAGCUUGACCCUUGGUUCCUCUAUUCAGUUGAUGUACUUCUAUUGCUCACGGCUCCCUUCUGAUGGAUAUUUUAAACCUGCUCCAAGGUGGGAUAAGGAGACCUGCACUCUGCAUCUUCCCAAGAGUUGUCCAAUACCUGAUGUUCAUGUAGAAGGGAAUGUUAAAAUUCUGAAGCAGAUUGCAUGCUUUGAAGCUUGUAAGCAACUUCACCAAAUUGGCGCUUUAACAGAUAAUCUUGUUCCCGAUAUUGUUGAGGAAGAAGGCACACAGGAGCUUGGGUGUGAGCCUUAUGAUGAUGCACAAUCCAGUUACGUCCCAGUCGAACUGGUCAAGCCUUUUUGCUCAAAUGAUGCUAGUAUAUCGUAUCAUUGUUACUUAAUUGAGUUGAAUCAGAAUUUUGGAUAUGAUAUUCCAGUUCAUGAUAUUGUACUUGGUAUGAGGAGUGAGCUUGAUUGCGAUAUUGCAAAUAUGCAUUUUGACUUAGAAGUUGGCAGAGGUACUUUAACUAUGAACUUUAAAUAUGUUGGAGAGAUUCAUCUUAGUUCAGAGCAGGUACUUCUUUGCAGAAAGUUCCAAAUCACAAUUUUCCGAAUUCUAAUGGAUCACAAUUUGAAUAAGUUGGAAGAAGUUUUAGAUGGACUUUGUUUGGGAGGAAAUAUUGGGGUUGAUUAUCUUUUGCUCCCAGGGACCAAAGUACCUCAGAGACCUCUGAUAAUUGAUUGGAAAUGCAUUACAUCUGUAUUGUUUCCAUGUGAAGAAUAUUCUAAGGAUCAUGUAGAUUGUUCUCUACCGAAUUGGAUAUAUACCAAAAGCGGCGUCGUUUGUACUUGCAUGAUCCAGAAUUCCUUGGUCUGUACUCCUCAUAAUGGUACCUUAUAUUGCAUCACUGGUUUGUUGGGCGAGUUGAAUGGAAACUCACUUCUUAGUCUUAGGGAUGGCAGAGCCCUUACCUACAAGAAGUACUAUGAAGAACGGCAUAGGAUUAACUUGUGUUUUGAUCAACAGUUGUUGCUGAAAGGGAGACGUGUUUUCCAGGUACAAAAUUAUCUUCAGAGGUGCAGACAACAGACAGAAAAAGAAUCGAAUCAUACAUCUGUUGAGUUGCCGCCGGAACUUUGCUCUAUAAUUAUGUCACCCAUAUCAGUCAGCAGUUUAUAUUCAUUCUCAUUUAUUCCGUCAAUUAUGCAUCACCUGGAGGCUUUACUUCUUGCUGUCAACUUGAAAAAAUUUGUUUUGGAUAAUUGCAUGCAAAAUAUUAUUAUUCCAACGACUAAGGUCUUGGAAGCUAUUACAACAAAAAAGUGCCAAGAGAAGUUCCAUUUGGAAUCCCUAGAGGCUCUUGGAGAUUCAUUUCUAAAAUAUGCUGCUAGUCAUCAGCUCUUUAAAACCUAUCAAACUAAUCAUGAAGGCCUUCUCAGUGUAAAGAAGGACAAGAUAGUUUCUAAUGCUGCCCUUUGCAAGCUUGGAUGUGAAUGCAAACUUCCGGGCUUUAUACGUAACGAGUCUUUUGAUCCAAAAAAGUGGAUUAUACCAGGAGAUUAUUCUGAAAGUCAUUUACUAAAUGAGGAGUUGCUUUCUAAUGAAAGAAAAAUUUACUUCAGGGAAAGAAGGAAGGUAAAAAGCAAGAGUGUUGCUGAUGUUGUUGAGGCACUAAUUGGUGCAUUUCUUAGCACUGGUGGUGAAAUAGCUGCCAUGUAUUUCAUGAAUUGGGUUGGUAUAAAGGUUGAUUCUGUCCAUAUACCAUAUGAUAGGCACUUCCAAGUGCAACCAGAGAAGCUUGUUAAUGUCAGACAUGUAGAGUCCUUAUUAAAUUACUCAUUCCGUGAUCCUUCUCUUCUAGUGGAAGCACUAACCCAUGGUUCAUACAUGCUUCCUGAAAUUCCAGGAUGUUAUCAGCGGUUGGAAUUUCUUGGGGAUGCAGUGUUGGAUCAUCUAAUUACUAUUUAUUUGUACAAUAAAUAUCCUGGGAUGUCACCUGGAAUUUUAACUGAUAUGAGGUCUGCUUCUGUGAACAAUGAUUGUUAUGCUCGUUCUGCUAUAAAGGCUGGAUUGCACAAGCACAUCCUGCAUGCUUCACACAAACUCCACAAGGAUAUAGUUUAUACAAUUGAAAACUUUGAGCGGUUAUCAAGCGAAUCCACUUUUGGAUGGGAAUCUGAGACAUCCUUCCCCAAGGUACUUGGAGAUGUUAUCGAGUCUCUAGCAGGGGCAAUUUUUGUUGAUUCCGGAUAUGAUAAGAAGAUUGUCUUUCAAAGUAUAAGUCCUCUCAUACAGCCUUUGGUUACUCCUGAAACGAUGAGGCUCCAUCCUGUAAGAGAGUUGAAUGAACAUUGCCAAAAAAUGCAUUAUAAUUUGAAGAAACCCGUCAAGUCUUUCCAAAAUAAUGUGGCUACCAUUACAAUAGAGGUCGAAGCUAAUGGGUUCACAUACAAGCAUUCAUCAACGGCUUCUAACAAGAAGACAGCACUCAAAUUAGCUUGCAAGGAAGUUUUGAGGUCCUUGAAAGAAAGUAUUUAGGUUAGGAUGUUCUCUAGCGUACAUUACUUGCAUAAACAUAGCUUGCAAGAAAGUAUUAGGAGGAAUAUUUUGUUUUACAGUAUAUUAGGAUGAGAACCAGGUGUAUGUAAGUUGUUGACAUUUCUUAUUCUCAGCCUUAAUUAAGAACUUUUGGCCAACAUAGGAAGCA